UCUGUUUUAUUUUUCUUUCUGGUUCGUUCAGCGAAAGCAAACUACAACGAGUCCGGCAAAGAUCACAGACUGGAGCUGGACCUCGGAGACUCGGUAGUCGUUCUGCAGGAAGCUGCCAGUUGGUACUACGGUUACAGCAAAAGUCGGCCUUCGGUGCGGGGGAUCUUCCCGAAGAGUUACGUCCACAUCGUCGAGUCUCGCCAGGUCAAGGGAGGCGAGCUGCAGAUCGUCCGGAGCGAGAUUGUGGAGGAGAUCACCACCGUCCUCGGGGAGUGGCGCCACCUGUACCGGAGGUUCUACCUGCAGACCCACCCGGACUCGAAGACGAUCCGGACGAAGAUGCUGGAGCUGAUCCGGCUGAGGUCCCAGCUGUUGUCGGGGAAUUUGCCGGUGGACGAGAUGAAGGACAUCCGGUUGAAGGCUACUUCGGAGAUCGAUACCGGGAACAAGAUUCUGCGGUUGGAUAUGGUCGUGCGCGAUGAAAGCGGGAACAUCCUGAACAUCGACAAGACGUCGACGACACAGCUGUACGAGCAUCACCUGAACGCCGUUGAUCGGAUAAAGAGAGCGAGUACUUCCACUGGCAAGAAUCGGAUCGUGGAGACCAUGAACCGGCACUCGCACAAUCUGCUGCUGUCGGUGCACAACUUUGUGUGCAGGUUGUGCGAGGACACGGAGAUUUUGUUCACGCUGUACGACGGCGAGGAGAUGCGAGCCAUCACAGAGAACUACGUGGUCAAAUGGAGCCGGCAAGGGGUGGCGGCUGAUCUAGAUCAGUUCAACAACAUCAAAGUAUUGUUUACGGAUCUCAGCGGGAACGAUCUGAGUCGGAAUCGGAUAUUUUUGGUGGCGUACGUGGUCCGGGUUGGAGCGAUGGAAGGUAAGGACACCGAUUCCCGGCGGAGUAGCAUGGCGAACUCGGUCGGGAGUUCGAGCGUCGGCAAGACCAAGGGUCAGCUGACAAGCCAGAUGAGCAAUCCGGCUAGUCCGGGAUUGAACUCGAGUGGGACGGAGUCUGGUGGGCAUGAACAGCAGAUGCGGAGGCCGUUUGGGGUGGCCACGAUGGAUUUGAAGCCGAUCAUAAAGCGGUCCGAAGAUUUCAAGGGAGAUUCCCAGCUGAAGAUGCCAUUUAUCGCAUGUGAGAAGGAAUCGCUGGAGAGUACGUUGAAGAAGUUGAUCACAAAUAAAGAUUUGGGUGAGAAGAGUGAGUCUGGUAUUUGGAUCAGUGUGGACAUUCUGCAUGGUGACAUCAAGCAGGUCAAGGAGGAGUAUCCGCAUUUGGUUCUGGGUAAUGUUGCGUUCGCCAGAAAGAUGGGCUUCCCGGAAGUGAUCUUCCCUGGGGAUGUCCGGAAUGAUCUCUACCUGACUCUGGUGUCGGGUGAGUUUUCCAAGGGCUCCAAGAGUAGCGACAAGAACAUUGAAGUGACGGCCGUCGUUUGUAACCGGAGUGGGGAGGCCAUUCCGGGUGUCAUCUGCUACGGUGGUGGAGGAACUCCGCUGAACGAGUACAAAUCGGUGAUCUACUACCACGACGACAAGCCCAAGUGGAACGAGACGUACAAGAUCGACGUGCCAAUCGAGGAGUUUAAGCAGUGCCAUUUGCGGUUCACCUUCAAGCACCGCAGCUCGAACGAGGCCAAGGACCGAACGGAGAAGCCGUUUGGUUUAUCCUUCGUCAAACUAAUGAACGACGACGGAACGACCCUCCAGCACAAGCGUCACCAGCUGCUUGUCUACAAGAUCGACCACAAGAAGUUCGAUCACGACACCCAGUACAACUACCUGCAGCUGCCGGCCCUGGCGGACGAGCUGGCCAACGUGAGCGGUGGCAAACCAUCCGUCAGUGGGUUCAGCCUUGCCUCCAAAGACAAUCUCACCAUCGAAACGAACCUGUGCAGCACCAAGCUGACCCAGAAUGUGGACAUCCUCGGCCUGCUGAACUGGUCCUCGCGCAAGGAAAAGAUGGAGGAGUCGCUGAACGCGCUGAUGAACGUCAAGGGCGAAGAGGUGGUCAAGUUCCUGCAGGACAUCCUGGACGCGCUGUUCAACAUCCUGGUGCUGAACGAGGAUCCGGUCAAGUUUGACAACCUGGUGUUCCGAUGUCUGCUGCGGCUGAUCGAGAUCGUGUACGACCUGAAGUAUCAGCACUUCCAAUCCGUGCUGGAUCUGUACAUCAACGAGAGCUUCUCGGCGACGCUGGCUUACGAGAAACUUAUCAACGUAGUCCAAACCCACAUCAAGAACGCCAUCAACAACGUGGUCAGCAGUAGCGGUUCCGGGUCGGUGUCCGGCUCGUACAGCGGCAGUACGUACGCGAUCAACGAGAACGACGAAACGCUCUUCCGGACGACCAAGUACCUGCAGUACAUCAUGAAGUUCAUCAUCCGGUCGAGGAUCUUGUUUGCCGACCUGAACCAGGACAAGGACCGCGAACUGUUCGAAACUAUGCUGGAGGACCUGCUGGAGUCGUUCAUCGAGCUGAUCAAGUACCAGAACGAUCUGCUGAAGUCGCAGGGUGCACUGCUCAAGUAUUUACACAUCAUAGCGUCGGACCUGAUGCAGGUGUACGAUCCGGUCAAGCUCAGCCAACGCAUCGUGGACAUCAUCACGAACGUUCCGACGGGUCGGCUCAACCAGUCCAAGAUGACCUGCAUCAAGGACGUGUGCGACUCGAAGCUGUUCAAGCUGCCGCAGUGUCGAGCGAUCUUGCUGCCGGUGUUCUGCCGGCAGAUCAAGGACAAACUGGAGAGCAAAGAAGAGGUAAGUACCUGGCUUAACAACAUCAUCUCGCGCGAAUCGCUAAGGAUUGCUGCAUGAACUUGUGUUAUUCAAUGUUUUGUGAACGUCUCAAUGCACCAAAAGCAAAGCAC